ACGUGCUGUGAUGGACGGGCGCGAAACAACACUAUUUACAAUUUCUGUCUAGGUUGCAAGUCGAAUCUUUUUUAUUUCUAUCCAGCUGGCGUACUUAACACACUAUGGAAAUAAUUUUGCUUCGCUGCGAAUGUUAAACAAACGUUUCCCUGCUGGUGGUUAAACUAUUUAAGAUAAAGUGGUAGCCUGCAAGUAAAUUGAUGUAACGCUACCUUGUACUACAACUAGUAGUAGUAUGAUAUGAAGCUUGAUUCAGCUGUGUUACUAGCUAGCUGGUUUUAACGUUUGUGUUGACUUAGCUUGGUAGCUAGCGUUACAUAUGUGUAGACUGUUUAGCCACUACACAGGGGUUUAGCUUGCUAGGUGUCGUGGAAUGCUAACUAGCUGUUCAUGCUGGAAGUUGUGACGCCGCCUGGUUUCCAGACAGCGCUCCAGUAGCACGGAGCAGCCACUGUAGCUAGCUGCCACAAUGUCGCAAGCCAGUCUGUUGGAAGACGUCCUUCAGUGGAGUCAAGACACAUGUCGAAAAGAGCUGAAAUCUGUCCUUCCCAAACUCAUCUCCAUGAAUCAUAGCUUCGAGAGCUGGGAGGAGCAUAUCCGUGUGCUAAAAAUCAUCACAGACAUGUUCCUGCCUCACAUUGACCUCUCAGAGCUGGAGGACGAAUGCUUCUCAAAGCUCUUACCAAAGGUGGUCAAGGUGUUUGACGGGCUGAUGGAAGAGAUCGCCAACCAAGUUGGAGGGCUGUCCAGCCAGAACACGGGACUCCAGCUGCUUCUAAGGAACGCUCUACAGGAGACCGUGCAGGUGCUGGGGGUGCUCUCGGCGUGCGUGCGCCACGUGUGCUCAUCGGCGGAGGCGCCGGCCCUGAAUGCCAUCCGCUCCUUACCCUUCUGCGUCCUCAAAGUCCUAACGGACACCUUCCAGCACUGUAAGGACAGUGAGGUUGUGUACUGUGGCCGUCUGUCCCUGGUGGCUGACCUGCUGCAGGCCUUGUUCAAGGAGGCCUACUCCCUCCAGAAGGGCUUGAUGGAGCUGCUGGACAGAGUCUCCGUGGAGACCAGUGCCUCCGAGGAGGUCUCCGACAUUGUGACAGUGAUUCACAAUCUGAUGGACAUAUGCUCGGUGAUCUCUAACCUGGACAUAGCCCUACAUGCCAACACGUGGAAAUGCAUCAUCAAACAGAGUGUGAAGCACCAGUCCCUGGUGGAGGAUCGUCUUCGUCAUGGAGACAUCAGCUCCAGGCUGUGUGACGACCUCCAGGUCUCCCUCCACAGCUGCCUGGAGCUGGGAGAGCAGAUCCGACAGGCUGGCCCACAGGUGACCUCUCAAAGCCCAGAAUACAAGCUGUUCCAGAAAAACACCAAAAUGUGCAGAUUCUUCGCCAACACUUUAAUUCACUACAUAAAGGAAUUCAAAUCCUUUCUGACAAAGUUCUGUGGCCAGUUUCAUCAGCUCUACCUCAGUGUCCUUAGUAAGUUCCCCCCCAGCCUGUGUGCCCCUGCGCUGCCCCCCCCCCUCUCCGAGGAGCUGGCCGUGGCGGUCGUGGUCCCCAUGGACGCCCUGCUCCUCCAGCUGCUGCCUAUCAGGGGUUACGCUGAGGCGGUGCUCCAGCCUGACCAGCAGCUGACAGCUGAGGCUGAGCUUCCUCAGUGUGUUCUCCUGGUGAACGUGCUGAGCCACCUGCCCUCCCAGCCAGAGGAGGCGCUGCAGCUCUGGUACAGCGGCAGCGAGUUCCCAGAGGACACUCCCAGACUCCCCCUCUUCCUGGCAGUCUUUCAGAGCUUCCAGCGUUGCAGUACGGAGCGGAGGGUGCCGGUGCUGUUGCCGGGGGUGAUGCUGAAGGGUCAGGCCCAGGGCAGGGUCAGCCUUCACCAGCACGUGUGUGUUCACCUGUGUGCCUGUGUGGCCGCCCUGCCCCCAGCACACUUCCCCCUCCUGGAGCGCUGUCUCCUAGCGACAGUACUGCAGACAGACACCCAGACAGCCCUCCUGGCUGUGGAUGUGUGGUGCUUCUUGGCCCGGUAUGGGACCGCAGAGAUGUGUCUGCACCAUGUGCUGCUCCUGGCUGACCUGGUGAAGCUGUGUCCAGGGGAGGGGCACCACAUGGCCCACCUGGGCCUGCUGCUCAGACGCAUGGUGUUCCUCAUGACGGCCAGCCAUCAGUUAGAGCUGGUGCAGCGGCACCCAGCCUCCUGUCCUGAGAACCAGCCGGUCUGGAGACACGUCCUGCUCCGAGCCCUCUCCCCGGAGGCCCGUCAGAGGGCCGAGGAGGGCCUGCUGGCCCUGGUCCUCUCCGCCCUGGCAGGCUGGCAGCAGGGGGGCCACAGGCUGGCCGAGCUGGGCACCGUGAACGAGGCGCUGCCGGCCCUGCUGGCCCUGGUGCGCUGCGACUCUGCAGGGGCAGAGAGCGUGUCGUCUGCCCUGACCGUGGUCACGCAGCUCUGGGCUCGGAUGUGUCCCAGUCAGGUGCAUCUCCACCCAGUCAUCCAGCGCACGCUGCGACUGCUCCUCUCGACGUCGGCCAUCUUGGUAAAGAACAUCGACCCCCAGGUCGUCUGCCAGGCUCUCGGGUGUGUCGGGGCGCUCGUGUCUCAGACGUGUCCAGACGACGUGGCCCUGGCUGCUCUGGACUUCCUGGCCUCCCUUGGGAUGGUGUUCUUCCCCACGGAUGUCCAGAGCCAGGUGUUGCCCAGGCUGAGUGGCGUGUUUGGGGCUCUGCUUGCUGAGGGCUCCUGGCUGCUCCAGCACCAUGCCCUGGAGGCAUUCGCUCACUUCGCAGAGAUAACCAACCACGAGGACGUGAUCUCCCAGAGCCUCAACACUGAGGAGACCAAAACCAAAGUGGUGAAUUUCCUCAGCAAGACCAUUACCACAGAGGAAGCGGGGGAAACACGCCUGUGGAGGCUGAGAGGCGAGGCUGCUGCUGUGGAGCAGCACAGACAGAGGCUGGAGAGGCUGGACAGCCCUGAGGAGGUCGCCGCGGAGACGUCGCCCGCAGCCCCUGACGACAGGAUCGCCACUGACGACAGGAUCGCCCCUGACUCACAGCCGUGCCCCAAGAGAGCCCGCCUGGAGCCCAGCGCAGAGCAGGAGUACGAGCGCCACGUCCAGGGAGCGGAGAGCUCCCUGAGGGCCCUGCUGGCGCUGGCCCACGGGGGUGACGGCACCUCCGUCUCCAUCCUCCCUCCGCCCUGGCUCUCUCACAGACUACAGGAACUGCAGACGCUGAUAACUCGAAUCAGUAUGAUUCACACCCCUGACAGCUAGCAGGCCGCCUGUUUUUACAGCCCUCAAUCUACUGUUUGUCCUCUUUUUAUAGAUUAUAAAAGCAGUUGUACAGUUGUGAUAAACUUGACCGUAUCUAUUUGUUUUCCUUUGUCCUUGCCGUUUGGAAUCCGUGUUUACACAGAAGCGUGUUUGUCAACCCUGACUGCCGAUUGUUUUGUAAACUUGACUUUGGUUUAUAUAAGACUGUUCUAGUUUUUUUUUUUUGAGCAAUAAAAGUUUUUUGGGGGUGGGGUAAUAUUGGCAGAAAUGUUAGCCAGU